AUGGGAGAAAAGCUUGAACCGAUAAUAAAAUCAGCGAUCUCUGCAAAUCUUCCAGCAGGGUGAAUUUAUCAUUAUUUGCAGCCAAUAAUAGUCAUUUCUACUACGCAGCAUCUCCCAAAAUUGAGUCUUGUUAGAGCUUUUUAUGAAAAUUUUGAAAAUCAAAACACAUUUGUGCAUGAUGAUUACAAUUUUUUACUUGUUUUUAAAGGCAGCUCACUUCAGUACUGGAAAAGCUCAAACGAAGCAAUUUUAACGACAAAAUUAUUUUGCAAAGGAUUUAUUUAUACUUUUAUGUUGUAUUUUAAAAUAAAUGAAGAUUUAACAGAACAAAAUACAGCUUUAUAUAAUGAUUAUGAUUUAGCAACAAAAGUCUUGGGUCAAAUUUAUUUUAAAUUAAAAAAUACGAAGUUUUAG